AUGGAUGAGAGGACUGCUCUUUUACAGGAAUCUAGCGCAAGCCAUAGUAGGCCUUCUACUGAUCAUGCUGAAACUCGAAGUUCAGAUUGUGAACCAACGACAAAGUGCCAAGUCUGUAAUACCAUCAUUCCCAUCGUUAACAAGGAAAAGCAACUCGUUGUUAAAUGCCCAUCAUGUGGUGAAGCAACGCCUAUUAAAGGUCCACCAACGGGCAAACAAUACGUCCGUUGCCAGUGUAAUUGCCUAUUAAUAUGUAAAUCAACUGCUACCCGAGUGGGCUGCCCAAGGGAAGACUGCCUUAGAGUUAUAAACCUUAACGGUCCGAAUGCAUCGGGUUAUCAGGCGGGCGACGUAGGUCGAGAAGGUAUUGGCGGGAGUGGGGGUAGUGGUGGCGGUGUCGGGGCAGGCACAUUUCCUAAUCGCGGUGGCUUACGUGUUACCUGUGGCAACUGUCAUCGUCCCUUCUCCAUCCCUACACCCCAGUCCUAUCGACCUAAUGCUUUCGGGGCUGCCUUCGUCAACCGCUUGGUCAACUGCCUCUCUGGUGGUGCGGCAUCUAACGUUAGCGGUCUCAUCGCUGCUCGGUGUCCGCAAUGUCGCAAAGUCACCUCCAUCGGACAGGCCUACGCUCGCACUCGCUGGGUCGGCUACUUAAUUCUCACUUUAAUCUUCCUCGUCAUUGCUAUCGGUGUGACCUUUGGCACUACGGAUGCUGCAAAAUCGUACCAUGGAUUAUACUUUCUUUGGUCAGUGCUCUACCUUGUUGUGCUGGUGUGUGCCAUUCGCAGCUUCAUGUUCUUCAGAAUGCCCAUAAGCGCACUGGAGCUUCCUUUGGUGAUUCACUAUAUUACCUUCCAUAAAGACACUCAGAUGGCGGCACCUUGUGUUCCCAUACCACUGGGACUCAGGCUAAGCAGGUGCUUUCGGCCGCGUAGUGAUGCUGAUGGCCACUUAAAUGGAACGACCUUCAGCGCCGUGACGCCAUUGGCUGCUGCUGCUACUGUGUCGCAGAAGGUUGAUGCACCGGGCGGAAGCUGUUUGAAUAACAAUGACGAAUCACGUGCCUUCAAAACAUUCGCUCAAACUGGCGUUAGCUUCAAGAAUUUGCAUUAG